UGAUGGAGGCCAAGGAACAGGAGGAAGAUGCCAACUCCCUCUCAAAGGACGAAUCAGAGACUAACUCACGUGACUGCCUCCGCUAUGUGCCCCUCGGGGUAGCCUUUCUUUUGCUGUCUGGAGCUGCUGCAGCAACCUGGUAUUUCCUAGACUACAGACCGUGGCACCUGGAACCGGCCGUCCUGCAGUUUUACUCUGGCAGCCUCCAGGUCCUCAAUCGCCAAUACUCCCCGGACCUUGGGCAGGUGGAGUCCAGAGCCUUCUGGCUGGAGUCAGCUAAGCUCCAGAAGAUGCUGAAGGAACUGAUUCAUGCCACAGAGCUGGGUCGAUACUACAACUCGAGCACAGUGUAUGCCUUUGGGGAGGGGGCUCUGACCUUCUUCUUCUGGUUUGCCCUCCAAAUCCCUGAGAAUCAGCAGAAGGAGGUGACUGCUGAGAGGGUAAACACAAUGCUCCACCAAGAGCUCUCCACCAGCUUCAACAGCUCGGGCAGCCUGUCCUACCAGAUGGAGUACAGGGUCAACCCAGACUCGCUGGUUCUGCUGGAAUCCAGUGUGAAAGACAUAGUAGUGCUGAAAUCCACUCUGGGUUGCUACAGGUACAGCUAUGUCCAGGAGGAUGACGUCCUAAGGCUGGAGGGCCCUGAUUACCUGGCCUCCAGUUGUCUUUGGCACCUCCACAGCCUCAAGGGCUACAUGAUCAAGCUACACCUGGAGUGGACUCUCCCAGACUGCAGGGACCGCCUGGCUAUGUAUGACGCAGCUGGGCCCCUGGAGAAACACCUCAUCACCUCGAUCUACGGCUGCAGCCGGCAGGAGCCUGUUGUGGAAGUCCUUUCAUCAGGCCCUGUCAUGUCCAUUGUGUGGAAGAAAGCCAUGUACAGCUACUAUGACCCCUUCAUCCUCUCAGCGCAGGCGGUGCCCCUCAAAGCCUGUGAAGUGAAUAUAACCCUGCGGGAAGGCCUGGAGCAGCAGGGGAAGAUCGGCACUCCACACUACCCCAGUUACUACUCACCCAACACGCAGUGCACCUGGCACAUGACGGUCCCAUCCCUCAACUAUGGGGUCACCCUGUGGUUCGACGCCUAUGCACUCAGCAGACAGAAGCAUGACCUGCCCUGCACCCAGGGCCAGUGGAUAAUUCAGAACAGAAGGUUGUGUGGCCUGCGGACUUUGCAAGCCUACGCUGAGCGGAUCCCAGUCACAUCCUCAGCUGACAUCUCCAUCACCUUCACCUCGCAGAUCUCCUUAACUGGCCCCGGCGUACAGGCAGCUUACAGCCUGUACAACCUAUCUGACCCCUGUCCCGGGGAGUUCCUGUGUUCGGUGAACGGCUUGUGCGUCCCAGCCUGUGACGGGAUCAAAGAUUGCCCCAAUGGGCUGGAUGAGAGAAAUUGUGUGUGCCCUGCAAAAUGCCAGUGCCGUGAGGACAGCACUUGCAUCGAGUUCAACGGGAGCGAUGAGGAGCAGUGCAGUGAAGGGGUCCCCUGUGGUCCUUUCACCUACCGCUGUGAAGAUGGGACCUGUGUGAAGAAACCCAACCCCUUGUGUGACACCAUUGCAGACUGCAAGGACCUGUCUGACGAGAAGCGCUGUGACUGUGGGCUGCAAGCCCCCCUCAGCAGGAUCGUGGGUGGUGCGAAUUCUGUGGAAGGGGAAUGGCCAUGGCAGGCCAGCCUCCAAGUUCGGGGGCGCCACAUUUGCGGGGGAACACUCAUUGCUGACCGCUGGGUGGUCUCAGCUGCGCACUGCUUCCAGGAUGAGAGACUGGCCUCCGCGUCCAUCUGGACUGUUUACUUGGGUAAAUAUUUGCAGAAUGCCACCAGCCACACAGAGGUGUCCUUCAAGGUGAUCCGCCUCUUCCUUCACCCUUAUUACGAGGAGGACAGCCAUGAUUAUGAUGUGGCCCUGCUCCAGCUGGACCAUCCUGUGAUCAUCUCACCCUUAAUCCAGCCCAUCUGCUUGCCUGCUCCUUCUCACCUCUUUGAGCCUGGCCUUCAUUGCUGGAUCACUGGCUGGGGAGCCCUCAAGGAAGGCGAGCACAUCAGCAAUGUUCUGCAGAAGGUGGACGUGCAGCUCAUCCAGCAGGACAUCUGCAGCGAGGCCUAUCACUACAUGAUUUCUCCCAGGAUGCUGUGUGCUGGGUACCACAAGGGCAAGAAAGAUGCCUGCCAGGGUGAUUCUGGAGGUCCGCUGGCCUGCAAGGAACCCAGUGGCAGGUGGUUUCUAGCUGGUUUGGUCAGCUGGGGAAUGGGAUGCGCACGUCCAAAUCACUAUGGAGUAUACACCAGGAUCACUCAAGUGCUGGGCUGGAUGAACCAAACCAUGAGCUGA